GCUUGUCAACAAGAUGGCCUUCCUCUCUCUGUCGUGUUGACACUGAUUAUUUUGGUAUCCCAGUGCACAUACCGUAAAAGCUUGUGUCACUUCUAAAUAGAUAGCGGGAGAGGGACUGCCGAGAGUCCUAACAAGGUAUACAGUCAGCCAGGCUGUGUUCAGGGAACUGACAAGCUUCGAUAGCAGCAGCCGCCGCUCAAGAAGGCUGAUAAUAGAAAGUAGCUGCUGUCGACGUUAGCUUAAGCGUGAGCUAGCCUAGCUUACGUGGACACGGACAGUUAAGUCGUGUCACCUGCAUCUCACAAACAGGUUUGGUCAGGAGAAAUACUACGAGGAAAGUCUAACCAUCGACAGUUUAAGAGCCAAGUUGGUUGUGUGUGAACACCGGAGUGGUUAAGGUUACAUGCACAGGUAAAGGAGAGCUUUGUGGCAGAUAGUGCUGCACAGGUUGGCGCCAACAUAGGAAUCUGACCAUGAGAGCACUGGUCCUGGGUGCCUGCAGGCCAGCAUAGGUGCUGGUAUGUUACAGAGGUCCGCAUCCUGAUGGACCGAGACACCUUCUCCCACAUCCGCCUUUGGUGCCCACGCCCCUUUGGCACCUACUCUCAGAACAAAGUGAGGAGUCCUGGCACGGGGAGCAAUGUUAUAGCUGUAAAUGGGGCAGGGUCUUCCUCCCUCUGCAAAGGCGAUCCCCCUACCGGUGCUCGGAGGGCGGGAGAUGGAGCAGAAGAUGGGGGAAUUCUAGUGGGCGUGCAGGAGGACAAUGUAGAAGUGGAGGAUGUGGGCUCAGAGAACACGCCACCUGAACCUGAGCUUAACUCAAGUACCCUGACCCAGAGUCAGACGCCUAUGCCCACUUCAACCCCUUCAUCACUCCCCUCUUCUGGGUCCCAAAUGGAAGACGGCCGAGUGCUGUUAGAUACCUGGUAUGUCAUCAAACCAGGAAACACGAAGGAGAAGAUUGCCUUCUUUGUGGCACACCAGUUUAGUGGGGCAGGCCAACCCAGACCCAGCGCAAUGAAGGUUAAAGGUAACUGGGCGACUGACUGUAGUAAAGCAAAAAGACGAAGAAGAUGCUCAUCCUAUGACCCACCGAACCGUGCCCAUGGCUCAGAAAUACAUCUCAGCCAUGGCUCCUCCGAAGCACCUAACAUACCUCCUAGCCCAGAUCAGCCAGCACUUGAUGGGGCCAAUGAGACAGACCUGCUGUCAGUGGCUCAGAUGGUUGCCUUGGUUGAACAGAGGACCGCCAUGGCCCUCCGAGAUAUUGUGGCUGUCCACGGGACCCACCAGCAACAGCCCUCUAUUACCAGCCAUGAACAGGGCCUUACCACACACCAGCACACGUUACUUGAGGGAACAGAAUCAGACCCCACUCCUUUGAGGUUUGUGUCUGACAGUUCAAAAAGUCAACCUUCCAAAGAGGCCAAGCAAUCAUCAGCUCCCAUUCAGACAGACCAGGAGCUCGAGGAACAGCAAGAGUCAUGCCGGGUUGCACAAGCCAUUGCACAUUUUGAGUCUCAGAACCUGGAGAAUCGCCUCCAUAUUGGCGCGGGUUCAGGAAUGGGCUUUUCUAAUAGAGAAAGGGAGCUGAGGGGAGGACCAGAGCCCAGUAUUGUCACACCUCCUCCACCCCCCAACCACAGCCACGGUGAGGUGAGGAUAGCUUUCCGAGUGUCUAACCUGGACCCACGUUCUCAGCUGGAGCCAGCUGGUCGGUCCCGCUGUAUGUUCAUGAGCUGUGGAGGCGGGAGUAACCAGUCAGCCGCAAGGUCUAAAGAGAAAAUCACCUGUGACCUCUACCAGCUUGUCAGUCCAUCUUCAAGAGACCCCAGUAGUCUGCUGCUUGCUGCAACUGCUGCCCCCAAAGCAGAUGGAGACCUCCGUCACCCUGACAGGCAGGCCUGUGGCAGUCCGGAAACAACCCAGGAGCCUUCUUCUGGAGAGAAAAAAACUGUGGGUGUGGGUAGGGAGCGGGUGACUGGUUUUCACGUGGAAGUGGUGGUCACAGGGGCUGUGGACCAAUGUGUGUUUUAUGGCAAGGACAGCACAGAGAAUGUCCAGGAGGAGACUGUGUGUUUUGCCAUGCCUGGUGGGGGAGGAAGUGUUGGAAGUGUAGCCAGCUCAACUGACCACUCAUCAGAUGAUCCUCCUCCAGGACAGCUCUUUUUUUUCCCACCGCCACGAGGGGCAGAGGAGGAAGCGAAAGCAACAGGUUCUGGCAGGGGGUCAGGAUUAUGCUCUCUGGACUGUGCACACAGCAGCAACAGCAGCCAAGGAGCAGGGGUGGUUGUGGGCUCAGGAGAGCGGGCACCUCGACCAGACUCUCCCCUGGCCAGUGUUGGGGAAGAGUGUUCAGACCCAUCACUGUGUCGUCUCUAUCGCCACGUCUCCCAUGAUUUUUUGGAAAUCCGCUUUCAGAUUCAGCGCUUGCUUGAACCUCGCCAGUACAUGCUGCUGCUCCCUGACCACAUCAUGGUCAAUAUUUUUAGUUACCUGCCCACACGCUCCUUGGCAGCCCUCAAGUGCACCUGCCACUACUUCAAAGUGCUGAUCGAGACCUAUGGGGUGCGGGCAGUGGAUUCUCGCUGGAAUCAAGACCCUCUGUAUCGGGAUGACCCCUGUAAGCAGUGCAAGCGCCAUUACGAGCGUGGGGAUGUUUCAUUGUGCCGUUGGCACCCUAAACCCUACCACCAUGACCUGCCUUAUGGACGUUCCUACUGGAUGUGCUGCCGGCGUACAGACAAGGACACUCCAGGCUGCCGUGUUGGGCUACAUGAUAAUAACUGGGUCCAGCAGCCUGCUGAUGGCUCUCAGCCCAUUCGAUCCAAGAGGGAAGAGCGACAGGAGGAGGCCAGGUAGAAGAGGACAUAUAUCGCCUCCCAGAUACAACGCUCAUCUCCUCUCUUUCUUCUCCAUGCUAUUUCUGCUUUGACGAUGAGCAUGGAAACGGAGUACAAAGAGAAAUCAUCACUCCAGGACAUUGUUGAGUCCACCUCUGCUCUUGUUGUCAACAUAGGGAGGUUGAGCAGAGGGAAAAAAAGGAGGUGUGCCCACACUCCAUGCCUUUUGGAUCAAGUCCUACAGAAUUUCUCUUCUCCCACUGUACUCCAGAGUGGCACCUUUUCAAAAGAGUGCCUACCAGGGUUGGGGUGCCCUCUCACUGCUGUCAGUUUGCCCCGUUUUCAUGUUUUCAGGAUUACUGCUCAACUCCAUACAUGGUUGUCACACAGUCACGGUGACAGCUUUGCAGUGUAUUUGAUUGAGAUUAGCAUUAAGUGACAAAUAGAAAUGUAAUGCCCUAGAGCCUGCUUAUUGUUCGAAGACUUGGUCUACGUUCUGUUACAUCACCUUUUUCCAUUCUAGUAACACUAUGGAAUCUCACUGGGCUCAGUGCAGCUGAUUUAAGAAAUUACCUGUACGGGAUCCAACAUAUGUAAAACCAUUUAGUGUGGAAUGUUCAGCGUUUCUAUAGAAAUGUGAUUGUAUGUGGCAAACUUGAUAUUCCAACAUUCAAGCCUGCUACUUAUCUGUCCUGCACCAUGCAUUUCUAUUACUCUGAAUGUGCUGUAUUUAUUGUAUGUUGAUCAGACCCCUGAUAAUGCUGCUGAAAUCAUUGCCUGUGUCACUGAUAUUUCUGAACUAGCCAUACUAUUGAUGGGAGACAGUCUUGCAUCCAUCACUUUGUUUUUUUUCAGCUUGGACCCUAACUUAGUCGACCAGCCAUGAACAAACUUUCUGGUUUACAGUGUUUUCUGGGAGAUAUAAUUUAUAGAUUCAGGUCAGUGGGAUCAUGUUGCGACUUGUGUGGCUUGACUGACUUGCUUGUUUGCCUUUUUUUGGGUUGCUGUUCCACUACUUUCUGAUUUUUAAUCGGACCCCGCUACCCCUUUAUGAUCCGAUUCCUCUCUGCAAGACAGAUUGUUUUGGUGUUUUACUUCGUUGUUCAACUUCCACAUCUCGCUUCUUUUCCUCCUCCGUCCUCCCAUGUCGGCACAGGGCAGUGUUAGCCAAAGCCGCCAAUGCUCUAAGCGUUAAACCAACUAACACACACCAGCCUCCAGCCUUAAAUUCCCUUUACCUCUUAAUCCCCCUGCAGGACGGAGGCAUUAGAUACCUCACAGAUGAUCAAGAGUAUUGGAAGUUUCAUAGACUUCGUCCUGCUUGAUAGGAUCCGCCUAGAACUCUUUAGUGUUGGUGUCAAAGGUGAUCAGUGCCUGGUGACAGCUCUGACUCUUCAUUCAUGCAAAAAACAAACCUCCCUAACCUUCGCCCCUGCUUUUUGGAACCCCCGCCCCCCCAUCCCAACAACCUGACUUUCUGGACUUUAUAGUGAUGCUGAAGCUGUGCAUGAAGGUGGGAAACAGGUCGGUAGUCAUGGGAGAUAUCUCUAGGUGUCAGAUACAGUAUGUACAACUCUAUUGGGGAUUACCUGCUUAAAUAUAAAAGAAGUGAUGAUUAAAACUGGAAAUCCAAACAUUUACCUCGUUUCUGUGUUGUUCAAUGAGCCGGAGGACCGGGAACUAGUAGUAGUACAUAAAUGCUGAACCCGUUUUUCAGUGUCAGAACUGAAAUCUAUUGUGACUUUCUGAAGUUCAGAAACAUAACACGUAAUGACAAGCCCUGGCCAGCAGAUGGCAGCGAAGUUAUCCUUACUUUAGAAAUGUAUUUUUUAUCCCAUCAAAUCUAAGUAACAUUUUAGUAGCACACAUGUACUUAAACCUUUCAGCCUGCUGAGCUGUACUCAGCACAGUACUCCGCAUAAAGACUGCCACUGACGCCAUGGUGAGAUCAUUGGCAUCCAGUUGCUCUGAUCCCUCAGGAGCUUCACAUGCUGUCACUCCUACCCAGGAGUGUAGCACCCAUUUCGGUGCCACUACCACACCUUAAACCCACCCCUGUUGGGCCCCAUACACAAACUGUAAUCUAUCCUUAAAUUGUGAAUGAGCGGCUUCGCAAAAGCAACCUUUACUGUUCAGGAGUCCUACCAGAUGGAAUGAACCAUUUUGCAUUUUUGCGAGCUGGGUCGUCUCAGACGCUGUUAAUUUAAUUCAAGCAACAUUAUUGAACUUUUGCAGCAAAACGUAUUUUAUUAACAUUUCUGACGUUGAUUUUUGUAACUGGCAUAUGAGUGACACUAAAGUAAAACUGAAAAAAAAAACGACAAAUGGGACAAUCGGACAUGUCGAUACUUGUAUGCAUUACUUGUGUGUACUCUGCUUUCCGACCUGGAUCACUUCCAUCACCCUCCUGCUGGUCAUCGUCCAAAUCCACCCUCUUAGAAAUAAAACAGUGCACACCGUGGAGCCGCA